CGGCCCGGGGCGGGCUGUGGCGCUGCGGCCACCUGUCCCCGGCAGGACCGGCCGCAGCGCGUCUGUGCCCGGUGGCGGGGCCGGGGCCGGGACCGGGGCCGCCCAUGGCGCUGGCCGAGCUCUACACGCAGUACAACAGGGUUUGGAUCCCUGAUAAUGAAGAAGUUUGGCAGUCUGCAGAAAUCACAAAAAACUACAAAGCUGGAGACCGUUUUCUCCAUGUGCAAUUAGAAGAUGGAACUGAACUUAAUUACCCUGUUGAUCCAGCUGCUUUGCCACCUCUACGAAAUCCCGACAUACUUGUUGGUGAAAAUGAUCUCACUGCACUUAGUUAUCUCCAUGAACCAGCUGUUCUACACAAUCUUAAAGUUCGUUUUGUGGAGUCUAAGCUUAUCUACACCUAUAGUGGAAUAAUUUUGGUUGCAAUAAACCCCUAUAAGCAGUUGCCAAUAUAUGGAGAUGCUAUUAUCCAUGCAUAUAGUGGACAAAACAUGGGGGACAUGGAUCCUCAUAUAUUUGCUGUGGCAGAAGAAGCAUACAAGCAAAUGGCAAGAAAUAACAAGAAUCAGUCUAUUAUAGUGAGUGGAGAAUCAGGAGCUGGAAAGACUGUGUCUGCAAGAUAUACUAUGAGAUACUUUGCCACUGUGAGUAAGUCUACCAGCAAUGCACAUGUGGAGGAUAAAGUAUUGGCAUCCAAUCCAAUAACUGAGGCUGUCGGCAAUGCAAAAACCACACGGAAUGACAAUAGCAGUCGAUUUGGAAAAUACACUGAAAUCAGUUUUGAUCAGAGCUACCGAAUCAUUGGAGCCAACAUGAGAACAUACCUGCUUGAGAAAUCUAGAGUUGUCUUUCAGUCAGAGAAUGAGAGAAAUUACCAUAUAUUUUAUCAGUUGUGUGCAUCUGCUAUGCAACCUGAAUUUCAGCAUCUUAAAUUGGGAAGUGCAGAAAAAUUUAACUACACAAGAAUGGGUGGUAAUACAGUUAUUGAAGGAGUUGAUGACAGAGCAAAUAUGGUGGAGACUCAGAAGACAUUUGCCUUACUGGGUCUGAAGGAAGAUUUUCAAAUGGAUAUUUUUAAAACACUGGCAGCGAUCCUACACUUAGGCAAUGUGGAAAUAACAGCUGUUGGAGAUGAAAGAUCAUCCAUCAAUCCGGAAGACAGUCAUCUCAAUAUAUUCUGUGACCUUCUGGAUUUAAACUUUGACAAAAUGACACAGUGGUUGUGCCACCGGAAGAUUAUCACUACCUCAGAGACUGUAAUAAAGCCAAUGACAAAACCUCAAGCUGUUAAUGCAAGGGAUGCUUUGGCAAAGAAGAUCUAUUCUCAUUUAUUUGACUUUAUUGUGGAAAGAAUUAACCAAGCUUUGCAGUUCACUGGCAAACAACAUACUUUUAUUGGUGUUUUGGACAUUUACGGCUUUGAAACGUUUGAUGUGAACAGUUUUGAACAAUUUUGCAUCAAUUAUGCCAAUGAAAAACUACAGCUGCAAUUUAACCUGCAUGUCUUUAAACUUGAACAAGAAGAAUAUAUGAAGGAAGAUAUCCCAUGGACUUUAAUAGACUUUUAUGACAACCAGCCUGUUAUUGACCUUAUUGAAGCUAAAAUGGGUAUUUUAGAACUUUUGGAUGAAGAGUGCUUGUUGCCUCAUGGAACAGAUGAAAACUGGCUUCAAAAGCUAUAUAAUAAUUUUGUCAACAAAAACGCACUCUUUGAAAAGCCGAGGAUGUCAAACACAUCUUUCAUCAUUCAACACUUUGCUGAUAAGGUAGAAUAUAAAUGUGAAGGAUUUCUGGAAAAAAACAGGGAUACAGUAUAUGAAGUAUUGAUGGAAAUCUUGAAAGAGAGCAAGUUUCGUCUGUGUGCAAACUUUUUUCAAGACAAUCCAGUGUCCAUUUCACCUUUCAGUUCAACUAUAAACGUCAAAUCUGCAAGACCUGUUCUCAAGCCACCUAACAAGCAACUCCGGAUGACUGUUGGCAGUAAGUUUCGGAGUUCUUUGUCUUUGCUUAUGGAGACACUUAACGCAACCACCCCUCAUUAUGUACGAUGCAUAAAGCCAAAUGAUGAGAAGCAGCCUUUUGAGUUUGACUCAAAAAGGGUGGCUCAGCAACUGCGAGCAUGUGGUGUUUUGGAAACUAUUCGAAUUAGUGCACAGAGCUAUCCAUCCAGGUGGACUUACAUUGAGUUUUUCAGCCGUUACAGCAUUCUUAUGACACAGCAAGAACUGUCUUUAAAUGAUAAGAAGCAGAUUUGCAAGAUUGUUUUGCAGCGGCUAAUCCAGGAUCCUAACCAGUAUCAGUUUGGGAGAACAAAAAUUUUCUUCAGAGCAGGACAGGUUGCUUACUUAGAAAAGCUACGAUCAGAUAAACUGAGACAUGCAUGCAUCAUGAUCCAAAAGAGUGUUCGAGGCUGGCUGCAGCGGAAGAAAUUCCUUCGCAUAAAACAAGCAGCUGUUACAAUACAGCAGUAUUUCCGUGGACAGCGGACUGUACGGCAAGCCAUAACUGCAAGAGCUCUGAAGCAAACAUGGGCAGCUAUAAUUAUUCAGAAAUACUGCCGAGGUUACCUGGUCCGUAAACUUUGUCAGCUCAUCCAUGUGGCUGCUGUAACAAUUCAAGCUUUUACAAGAGGAUUUCUAGCAAGAAAAAAAUACCGGAAGAUGCUUGAAGAACACAAAGCUGUGAUCCUUCAGAAAUAUGCCCGUGCAUGGCUUGCCAGGCGCAGAUUUCAGAAUAUUCGGCGGUUUGUAUCAAAUAUCCAGCUUUCAUACAGAGUUCAGCGACUGCAGAAAAAGAUAGAAGAACAGAGUAGAGAAAAUCAUGGCUUGUUGGAACGAUUGACCAAUCUGGCUUCAACUCAUAUGAAUGACUUGGAUACAAUUCAGAAACUUGAAUUAGAGCUUGAAAAGUUAACUGCUCAAAAGAGAACAUAUGAGGAGAAAGGGAAAAAAUAUAAAGAGGACAGUGAACAGAAAAUCUUCAAACUUGAAAAUCAGAAUAAAGAAUUACGAGAACAAAAAGAGACCUUAGAAAUAAAGCUCCAAGAAAAAACUGAGGAAAUGAAAGAGAAAAUGGAUGGCCUCACGAAGCAACUCUUCGAUGAUAUACAAAAAGAAGAAAGUCAGAGAAUGAUACUUGAAAAAAAAAUCCAAAAUCAGAAACAAGAUUAUGAAAAGGAGAUCGAAUUGCUCAAGGGAGAAAUUAAGGUUCUCAAAGAAGAAAAAUCUUGGCUACAGCAACAAGUUCAGCAAGAAAUUAUCAUUCAGGAUGGCCUGAAAAUAGAAGUAGGGCAACUUACAAAACAAGCACAGAAAAUACCUGAGUUGCAAAAGGAAAUUGAACUGCUGCAGACACAAAAAUUGGAUGUUGAAAAGCAGGCCCAGUCACAGAAGCGGGAAAUGAGGGAAAAGAUGUCAGAAGUUACAAAACAGCUUCUGGAAAGUUAUGAUUUUGAAGAUGUAAGAAGCAGACUGUCUACGGAGGAUUUGGAACACUUAAAUGAGGAUGGAGAAUUGUGGUUUGCUUAUGAGGGCUUGAAAAAAGCUACGAGAGUAUUGGAAAGUCACUUCCAGUCUCAGAAAGAAAUCUAUGAAAAGGAGAUUGAAGGUUUGAAUUUCAAAGUUGAACAUCUUAGCCAAGAUAUUAAUCAUCUACAAAAAUUAUUUCGAGAGGAAAAUGACAUAAAUGAUGGUAUUCGACUCGAAGUUAGCAGGCUAACUUCAGAAAACAUGGUGAUUCCAGACCUUAAACAGCAAGUUUCUGAACUUGAAAAUCAAAAAUUAGAUCUUGAAAACCGUCUCCAAGAACAGACUGUAAAGUUGAAAGGUAAAAUACCAUUGUGGUCAGCAGUCUUAUAGCUGAGAGAGAUGUCUAAUCAGCUGCAUCAUGAGCCAGAAGGGGACAGAACACUAAGGAGAACAAAUGAGGCGCAGAACGAAAUAAACAUAAAAGCCAAAGAGAGAUUGAAUGUCAUAACCCAAGAAAUUGAAGGGCUGAGCAACGGUUUGAAGCAAGAUGAAAUCCAUGAUGAAGUAAAAAGCAAGAUAAAGCAAGAAACGACUCGACUUACUGUGGAAAACAUGGAUCUUGAAGAAAAACUAGACAUGAAAGAUAGAAUAAUAAAAAAAUUGGAAGAUCAGAUCAAAACUCUUACCAAGACUAUUGAAAAAGUUAAUGAAGUUCACGUGCCAACUUUGUCCAAAGAGUACAUUGGAAUGAUGGAGUACAAAAAAGAGGAUGAAGAAAGGAUUGUUCAAAAUCUGAUCCUUGAUUUAAAGCCACGUGGAGUUGUAGUUAAUAUGAUACCUGGCCUUCCAGCUCAUAUCCUAUUCAUGUGUGUGAGGUAUGCAGAUUAUCUGAAUGAUGCUGACAUGCUGAAAUCUUUCAUAAAUGUAACCAUUGAUGGCAUCAAACAAGUUGUUAAGGAAAAUUCAGAAGAUUUUGAAAUGUUGUCCUUUUGGCUUUCCAAUACGUACUAUUUUCUUAACUGUUUGAAGCAAUACAGUGGGGAAGAGGAAUUUAUGAAGUCUAACACCCCACGUCAGAAUAAGAAUUGUUUGAAGCAUUUUGAUCUGUCAGAAUAUAGACAAAUUCUUAGUGAUUUGGCCAUUCGUAUCUAUCACCAGUUCAUUGUUGUAAUGGAGAACAACAUUCAACCCAUGAUCGUACCAGGCAUGCUGGAAUAUGAAAGUCUCCAAGGAAUUUCUGGCUUGAAACCUACAGGGUUCCGUAAACGUUCUUCUAGUAUAGAUGACACAGAUACGUACACAAUGACCUCUAUCCUGCAACAACUCAGCUAUUUUUAUAGUACUAUGUGCCAGAAUGGCUUGGACUCUGAGCUUCUAAAGCAAGCGGUGAAGCAGCUUUUCUUUCUGAUUGGAGCUGUCACCCUCAAUAGUCUCUUCCUCCGCAAGGACAUGUGCUCUUGUAGAAAAGGAAUGCAGAUAAGAUGUAAUAUCAGCUAUUUGGAAGAAUGGCUUAAAGACAAGAAUCUUCAAAGCAGUAAUGCCAAAGAAACUUUAGAGCCUCUAGCUCAAGCAGCAUGGCUCCUUCAGGUCAAAAAGAUCACAGAUGAUGAUGCCAAAGAAAUAUGUGAACACUGCACAUCUCUUUCUACUGUGCAGAUAGUUAAGAUCCUCAACUCAUACACUCCAAUAGAUGAUUUUGAGAAAAGAGUGGCUCCAUCAUUUGUUCGUAAAGUACAGGCUAUGCUAAACAAUCGUGAGGACGUUCCACAGUUGAUGCUCGAUACCAAAUAUCUAUUUCAAGUGACGUUUCCUUUCACUCCCUCUCCACAUGCCUUGGAAAUGAUACAAGUCCCCAGCAGCUUCAAACUUGGCUUUCUCACAAGGGUUUAAUAAAACUAAUGCGCUGGUAUUUUCUCAGAGACUAAAUAAAGACAGGCAGACUUUCA